CAGCAAUCCCAUAAGGCAUUAACUUUACAAAAUGUCAGCCUCCAUGAAUUGGAUCGCUGGCGAUUUAAUAUUAUUGUUUGUUUUACUUGGAAGUUGUAGAUAUGUUGAUGCGAAAGAAAUAAGCAACAUCUUGUUUGGAAAAAUAUGGGAUGUAUUGCCUUGUAGUUAUGCACUUGCAUUUGUUAUUGGCCUUGUGGGAGUGCUAUGGGUGGUCAGUUGGAGGAAUGCAGAUAAGAAGUAUAGACAUGAAGAUGAAUCAGUUACCAUGGAAACAGAAAAUAAAUUGAUGCAAGAUGGUUGUGUGAAGAUAUUUUAUGGCACCCAAACAGGAAUAGCAAAGAAAUUUUCACAGUUAUUAUCUGAUGCUGUACAGGAACAAGAUAUCCACCCAGAUGUCAUUGACCUGAAGGAUUUUGACCCUGAAAAACACAUCUUAAAUGAAGCAGAAAAUGACAAGAAUAUUCAUAUAUUUGUGGUAUCCACUUACGUUGAUGGAAACCCACCUGAUGAUGCAGUUUGGUUUUACAAGUGGUUAGAAGAGUCAACUAAUGAUUUUCGUGUUCAAAAAUCAUUAUUAAAAGGAGUUAAAUAUGCUGUCUUUGGACUUGGUAACUCUGAAUAUAAACUUCAUUACAACACUGUUAGCACAGAUAUUGAUAGAAUGCUGAGUGAACUUAGUGCUGUGAGACUCAUGAAAAGAGGUAAAGGCAACGAAAAUGAAACAGAAAGCAAACAUGGAGGGUAUAAACUAAUUGGGUCGCAUUCAGGAGUGAAACUAUGUAGGUGGACAAAGAGCAUGUUGCGUGGUCGAGGGGGCUGCUAUAAGCACACGUUCUACGGGAUUGAGAGUCACCGGUGCAUGGAAACCACUCCGAGUCUAGCAUGUGCCAAUAAAUGUGUGUUCUGUUGGAGGCAUCAUACAAAUCCCGUAGGAACGGAGUGGAAAUGGAAGAUGGAUGAUGCUCAAACUGUAAUAGAGGGUGCUCUUCAAAAUCACUAUAAAAUGAUCAAUGAAUUCAAAGGUGUUCCAGGUGUGAUUCCUGAGCGCUUAGCCGAGGGAAUGAAAGCUAAGCAUUGUGCAUUAUCCUUAGUUGGAGAACCAAUCAUGUACCCAGAAAUAAACAAGUUCAUCAAACUACUUCACAGUAGAGAAAUAUCCACCUUCCUUGUCACAAAUGCCCAAUUCCCUGAUGCUAUAAGGACCCUGGAACCUGUCACUCAGCUGUACGUCAGUGUAGAUGCCAGUACCAAAGACAGUUUAAAGAAGAUAGACAGACCCUUAUUUAGAGAUUUCUGGCCUAGGUUUCUUGACAGCUUAGCGGCUUUAUCAGAAAAGGGUCAGCGUACCGUGUAUCGUCUAACCAUUGUGAAAGCUUGGAAUAGUGAUGAAGUUGAAGCAUAUGCAAAAUUAGUUGACAUAGGGAAACCAGAUUUCAUUGAAGUGAAGGGAGUUACAUAUUGCGGAAGUUCCAAAGCAAGUUCAUUAACUAUGGAGAAUGUUCCGUGGCAUGAAGAAGUCGUAGGAUUUGUAGAAAAUUUAGCAAGUAGUCUGAAUGACUAUGAAAUAGCUUGUGAGCAUGCUCAUUCCAAUUGUGUCCUCCUAGCUCACAAAAAGUUCAAAGUAGAUGGGCAUUGGCACACAUGGAUAGAUUAUGAUAGAUUCCACAAGUUGAUCCAGGAUUUCAACCAAAGUGAAGGGAAAUUAACAUUCCGUGCGGAAAACUACAUGGCAGUGACUCCACCGUGGGCAGUGUAUGGCAGCAGUGAACAGGGAUUUGACCCACAAGAAACCAGAUUUUAUGCAAAAGGAAAGAAGAAGCGUGAUUUGUCUGGGUGCUAAUUAACUUAUAUCAGCAGACAUAAAAUACAUUAAAAAUUUGUGAUUUUGUAUUGUUUCUUAUUAAUUUAUUCCAUUGUUUUUUUGUUGAAAUAAAAAGAGUGAGUAAACAAUGGAGGUUCACAUCAAUGGCUUAAAGAAAAAUAUUAAUUCUAACAUGUUUUUGAUAAUUUUAAAAACUGUGGUCUCCUUAGUGGUGUAAAGCCUAUGCCUUUGGGCUAUUCUGGAGGGCCCUUCUUACUAACACCCAGUAUUCUACUGCAGAGCCUUAACAUAGACACUAGCAAGCUGCAACGUUAUUCCUGGUUUUUAACUCGUAAAUGUUGUAUGUAAACUCCCAUGACAACACUUCUCUUAUAUAAUAUCAUACCAUAUAAAUAUUCAAGCAUUAUUAUUAUUAUUACCAUGUACAGUAGUCAACUACUUUACUGAAAUACAUGGACCCAUCUCCUACACCAAAUGAGUCUUGUUGCCUCAGUAUGAUAUGAUCAUUUAGUACAUAAUAAAACAUUCAUUUUUUGCAGUUUUAAAAGGUGUUAAUACCAUAUCUAGUGGAGCACUUAUUAGUAUAUAAAUAGUAGAAAUAUUGUGAAAAAAUUGUAGAUAUCCACUGUGGAUAAAACCUCAUGUAUAUUAAAUAUGUGUAAUUUAUGUUGGUGUGAUUUGCAACUACAGUACUCUCAUUUAGACAUAAAACUACAUUUUAACCUAAUAAACCAACUUGUUUCAGAGCACAUUCAAUUAUUUUUUGUCAUUAUGAUAUAUAUAUAUAUGGUUGAUUUUGAACUACUAGAAAACACAACUUUGCAAAAGUUCAUGAUGCAACCGUUUUAGGCUCUAUAAUUACUGUAUCUUAAUUGACUUGAAUUUUGUGGAAGUUCACAUUUAGCUAUAAGCAUAUUGUUUUACUUUUUUUCUUGCCUUUAAGUUUUAAUUUUAAUUAAUGUACAAUCAAUCACUCCACUCAAUUAUAAUAAAUUAAAGAGGCAAACAUUCAUUGAAACUGUAAUAAUUGAAAUUAACAACCAAAAGAGUUUCAUUUUGUUUACAAGAUCUGUAAUAUUGUAAAUUAAUAAAACCAGUGUUUUAAUUAUAUGAAUCAUGUUGACAAA